GUCUCGCAACCUGGGACCAAUGAAGCGCGCACUACUCCCGUUUCUCCCUGUUUUCCUCCCCGUGAUCGCUAUCGCGGCGGCGCGAUGACGAUCUCGACGAGCGGAAACAGAGAGCACUCCACCUCCCCGCAGUCACCCACUCUUCGGGGUUGUGACGUUUCCAGCAACACAACCUCGAAGAGAGCAAUUGGCGCAGACUCCACGGCUCGCUCGGCGUCGUUCCCGCAACUGACGACGAAGAUUCCACGAUCAAAGGUAUACCGUAAAACAUCCCUUAAGAGUUCGUCUCUCAAGAACGAGGUCAACGUCGGUGGCGAUGGUAAUGGCACUACUGAAAGGAACGGCGUCGUGCGAUAUAUGAGCAUCGCCGCGGAAAAGAAGCAAAAAAGGAAGAGCCUCGCGGACAGAGACGUCGACGUGAGAUGCGAGAACAAGUGGAAUUCCGAGGACAUCCACAUAACAUGCAAUCCCCUGUCGACACCCUAUCCGUACUCGACACCGGCGGCGACCACCACGACGACGACCACCACCGUCACCACCACCAGCAAGACGACGGCAACGAUGGUAGAGAGUGAUGAGGAGCCGAAAAGCCGCAGCUGCGGCAGCUUCCUACCGAUACUCGCUCUGAUCCCGCACUCGGUCAUCAGCUUCCAAUAUCUCAGCCCGAAGAUGAAGUUCUCGUGGUGGCGAAACAAGAUCUCGUGAAGACACGCGUAGACGCCCAUCGUCGUCGCUGUCGACGUUGUGCGUCGCGACGCCACCCCGACCUGUUUUAUGGAGGAGACACACCUCUCUUACCUCGUAGCGAGCUCUCUUUCUCUCUUCGCUUAUAUACAUAUGUAUUUCUCUCUCUCUUUCUCUCAAUUUCUAUGUAUCUUACUUCCGGCCAGUCUUCAUCAAUUAGAGGAAUCCCAUUGUUAUUUCGCAAAUCCCGUAUUGUCGAAAAGAUGCAUACCUCGUUAAUAUAAACGCAUUUCAUGCGUAUUCGUGAUAGUCCUUUAAAUUUCCGUGCGUAGUCACGAGGUUUGGUUCCGCAAAAUAUUCUCGAACAUUUGAACUUAAUGCGAAGACGUGACUAUUCAAGGUCCAAAGAUUCAUAACUUAACAGUCCGAGAUUACAAUAAGCGAAAUUUAAGAUCGAAGGAACCAAACUGACUUUCUACAGGAAACGCUGUAACUUUUAUAAUAACACUCUCCUUCUUUCAACUCGCCGAAGAAAAAAAUGUACGGUGUUUAUUACAUGCACACGGCAUUUUUGACACAUCGUCGGAUCCUCUAGUCGAUUAAAGUUCCUUCUCAUACGACGCGCUUUUGACUUGUAUUUUUUUUUCUCGAAAAUCCGCUCGGGGAAAAACGUCGUAUUCAGUCCCCAUAGUCUGCUCUAAGAGAGCAACCUAGCAAAUAUCCAAACAUUCUGGAAUCCAAAUUCUGCGCCACUUCAGAUUACUCGUGCUUGAUGAUACAAGUAUUUUGCAUCUGUUCCAUAUUGUUCCUUCUUUUUUUUCUGACUUCUCAUCUCGAAAAUAUAGAAAUAUUCCAAGAUCCUAGAGUACCUAAGUGAGACGCAAAAAUUCUCUAUAAGAAUCUAAUCCAAGAAUCUAAAGACCGUAGAACCUAAGGAUCCACAGUUCCUAGAAUCUAACACCUAAUUAUCCAAAGACCCUAGAAUCUAAGUACGCAAAGAUCCUAGAACGUAAGAAUUCAAAGAUUCUUAAAAUUUAAGGAGACACUUCAACGUUGUUAGAGCUUAAGGAUCCAGGCUAUUUCGCGGGAAUGCGAGAUCCCAGAUAGAAUCGAGCAUUCUCGAAGAUUCUAGAAUGUAAGGAUUCAAAAGAGAGAUUAUAAAAUCUAAGUGUUAAAAAUUAAUCUACAACUGCUCUUUGCUUUUUAUCUCUUGCCUCUUUGGCCUCCUGUUUCUUCGUUUUUGUUCCAAGAUAAAAAUUGAUGAACUCCGAAAAAAAUAAGAAGCACGAUUAUUGAUUAAAAAGUCGAGAAGAGAGAACAAGAUAAGAAAUAAAAACCAAGAGAAACAAAAAGCAAGGAGCACAUUAUAGAUUAGUUUUAACAAUCUGAUAUAAUAUAUCCCCCCCCCCCCCCCCCCGAUUAAAUGGAGUUUUCUUUGGCAAAUUUCAUUAAUCAUAGGCGAGCAUCAUUGCGGGCAAUUAUUAUUGCCGAGAUAUACAGCCGAGAAAAUAUGCAUAAAAAAAGAAGAACGCGUCAAGAAAAUUUUACGUUACGAUUAAAAUAUAAUAGAGAGAAGAAAUAGUUGGAUGUCUCGAUGACUGAUCUCCGAAUUCUCCGUCGAGAGAAUUCGGAGACACGCUGGAAGAUGAUAAAAAGACAUUAGUCUAUUUUGUUACAUUGUACGUAUCAUCAUCAAUGUCGCGUGAGAGUCACGCGAGUGAAGGGCGAGGAUCGAUCUCGUCAUCGAUUGUCCUCGUGGUCAGAAACGGUACAUAGGAGCUGUCUGUUUAGUCGAGAGACCGUGCAUCGCGAUGCGAGAUCUUAAGUACUUUCCAUUUUUGACGCAAGCAUUUCAUCUUUCUUGGCAUAAAGAUGAAAUGACAUUCGUAUCGACUUGUGGUAUCAAAUGGAAAGCAUUCCUUAGUAAUUAUCAGGCGACGAACGAUGGAAUGAUAUCAACGCACGACUUUUUUUUAUCUCUUUCUCUUUUCGUUUAACGUUAGUCAGCGAAUAUCCUCAUUUUUUAAACGAAAGAGAAGAGACGAGCUGCGUAAAGGAAAUUUGUUUUAUUUUUAAGUCGACCCGAUUGUUACAGAUUAGAUCAGCUACCGAUGAACUCAUUUCUCGCUAUAGUUCUUUUAAUCGAUGAUAUGGUUCCUUAUCUUAUUUUCUUUUUCCUUUUUUUUUUACGAAAUCGUACGACAGUGACACGUUACUGUUGCUACAACGAAGAUUCUUCGUAGAGCAACAAUUUCGUCUUCUGUAUGUUUUCUCAUUUGAAUAAAAUUAUUUUCGUAAAUACCCAUCUUCCGUAGUAUCCUUUAUUUUUAUUGAGUUUCCUUUUUUCCUGUUUCCUUAAUUUACUUAAAAGCUCCUCAUACGCACGCAGAGUCGCUCGAACAAUCAUGAAAUUCCUUGUCUUAUUUUUCUUACUUCUAUUUUAUUUGAAAGAUCAUAUCGUUGAAAUAAUUAAUCAUUUCUCGAGUUACAUCGCACACUCGCCAAUUUACACACAUGAUCGAAGCGAGAAUAUUGCAAAUAGUCAAGGUAUUAAUGUGAUAUCUUAUUUAACUAUUUUCUUAAAACGUUAUACUUUGCAAUCCUUUUUUACGAAUUUGACUUUGUUAUUUUCUAUAAUAUAUUUUAUAUUAAUAACAGUUUUCUCGUCCCUUUUUGUCAUUAAUCAUUCAACGUCAUUAGAUUCAACGACUUCUAUUACAUAAAUGAAUAAUAAGAUCAAUCGAUGUGCGAUAAUAAGAUAACGCGGUUAACGAGAGAGUACAAAUAAUUAAUCAAUAUAAAGAAUUUUAAUCGAUAGCGAUGUCGACAGGAUAGAAAGAGAAAAAAAGGAAUAUGCUGUAACACAUCGUGGAGUGUUACUUUCAGAAGCAUUACUAUUCGUUGCUAAUAGAUCACUGUUGCAUGCUAAAGUAAAUAAAUUUUUGUGUAAAAUAUAUCUAUGAAAUAAAGAUUAUAUUUAGUCAAUUAAAGUGUCACGCAAUUUAUUGC